UUUUUCCUUUUCCCCUAUAGGCAGUGCGUCGCCCCAAUCGCCCUUAUGCACAAGCCGCCCCUGCCCACCACCAUCACCACCACCACCUCUUUUCCCAGAGUAGAAUUGAUGCAUGCAGUCACGACCAGAUAUUAUAUGUGCGAUAUGAGGAAUAAGCCUGUUAUGACUACAUGCUAAGUUUGGUAUGUGUCAGAAUCCUGCAUACAAAUCCUGCAUACGUGCAUUAUCAUAACUUGGCUAGAUGUUCACCUUUUCGCCCUGGCAUACAGACCUGCAGUGUCGUUGGUCAAUUUUGACUGGAAAUGUCUGAGAUUGAUUGAUAGCCUGUCAAAUAACUGUGGUAUGACCAAGUUUAGGAUGUCACAACAUCCUGCAGAAAAUAUCACCACAAAAUAGAUAAAAAGACCACACAACAACCAAAUGUACAUGUUCAUAUACAGUAAAAACAGCAUGAUUUCAGUUAUACACAGGAAAAUAUGUUCCUUCCCACAGCGACCAGACCUCUCAUUGACACAUGGAAGUACUCAUACCCAACAACCUAACCUAAGUAUUGUAACAACAGGGUGCACUACAACCAUACCAUACACUACAAACAACAUACCGAUACUUAACGAAACUUAACAACAACAACAACAAAUUAUGCCUUUGUGAGCAUUUAACUUGGGUUGAAAACAUAACAUGCUGCGCAAACAAAUUUAAGGAGCUACUAUUAAAUGAAACCGACCAAGUGCACAUUUGGUGACUCUUAGGUAGAUGGCGCCAUCAGCGUGGGAAUUCACCACAACAGCCUCGUCAGCGAUCCCAUGAAACUCGCUCUGCUUUGCCUGUGGGUACCUGAUUGGUUUGGGCAAAGACCAGCAGACAAUGCCCAUCCUCCCCCUCCCACAACUACUCUCAUAUACGCCAAUGAUCGCAUAGCAUGUAAGAGCUGCCAGAGAGUGCCGCAGUUUGUCAGACUUUUUUUUUUUUAUCUCUUAACAGCGCACUGGUGACCCUGACAGACUACCGGAGUGCCCAUCAUUACGCACAGGACAGACUACCGGGCAGUUUGCUGCAGUUUGUUUGUUUUUUAAAUGUUGCUGAAACAGACUGCAAUUGCUGCUGUCGUAACAUACGCUGUUAUGUCUGCGACAAAAAGUUAUGGAGUGAAGCAGAGAUUGUCCAAGGACUUUGCAUAAAACAUUUUGUUCCAACAUCUAUGUGCUUUGUUGCAUUGAAUUUUGUACUUCUUUUUCGUAAGAUUUUACGUCGCAUUUCAAGGAAAGCAAUCUUUUCUAUUAGUUGAAGAUGCCAACAGUAACUGAGAGACAGUGAGGUUUUCAACGAAAUAACCAGGAACACGGGUUUGGAAACAACUUUCAUAUCAUUAUGUCUGCGAUUAGAAGGAAAUUUGGGGAUGACUACCAGGUUGUCAAUACCAGCCAAGCUGUCGGUUUCUCUGCUCCGGUCAAACGGAAACGCCAGCGGUUCGUGGAGAAGAACGGACGCUGCAAUGUCCAGCAUGGUAACCUUGGCGGUGAAACCAGCAGAUACAUAUCAGAUCUCUUCACCACGCUAGUGGACUUGAAGUGGCGAUGGAACCUACUGAUUUUUCUCUUAACUUACACCGUUGCUUGGCUUAUCAUGGCAUCCAUGUGGUGGAUCAUCGCAUACAUCCGCGGGGACCUAAACCACGGCCACGACGAGACCUACACCCCGUGUGUUGCCAACGUUUACAACUUUCCCUCGGCUUUUCUAUUCUUCAUCGAGACUGAAGCGACUAUCGGUUACGGUUACCGCUACAUCACCGAGAAGUGUCCGGAGGGCAUCAUCCUGUUCCUCUUCCAGUCUCUGCUGGGCUCCAUCGUUGACGCGUUCCUUAUCGGCUGCAUGUUUAUCAAGAUGUCCCAGCCGAAGAAGCGGGCGGAGACGCUGAUGUUCAGCCAGGACGCUGUCAUCUCGCAGCGGGACGGCAAACUCUGCCUAAUGUUCCGCGUGGGAAACUUGCGGAACAGCCACAUGGUGUCGGCACAGAUCAGGUGCAAACUUAUCAAGUCUCGUCAGACCCCCGAGGGGGAGUUCCUGCCGCUGGACCAGCGUGAGCUGGACGUGGGCUUCGGGACGGGUGCCGACCAGCUCUUCCUGGUCUCGCCGCUCACCAUCUGCCACGAGAUCAAUCCCAAGAGCCCCUUCUUUGAUCUGUCCAAGCGCUCCCUGAUGAACGAGCAGUUCGAGAUCGUCGUCAUCCUGGAGGGCAUCGUGGAGACCACAGGGAUGACAUGCCAGGCCCGCACAUCCUACACGGAGGACGAGGUCCUGUGGGCCCACCGCUUCCUGCCAGUCAUGUCCCUGGAGGACGGCUUCUUCCGGGUCGACUAUUCCCAGUUCCACAACACGUUCGAGGUCAACACCCCAGACCUCAGUGUCAAAGAGCAAGAGGAAAUGGCCUCUCUGCCCUCCCCAGCACCCACCACCCCCCUCACCCCGUGUCUGGGGGAGACCCAUGGCCGCCGCGAGCGCAUUUUCUCCCUGGGCGGGGUCUCCCAUGUGGAGGAGCAGGGGCUCGGGGGGAGGCGUCCUAGUAAGCUCCAGAGGAUGAGCUCCAGGAACGGGAAAGAUGGUCUGAGACCAGGUGGUGCUGGAGGUGGAGGAGGUGGUGCUGGAGGUGGAGGAGGUGCUGCAGGAGGGGGAGGGGGAGGAGGAGCGCCACCCACGGAGAAGGCGUCCAGCACGGGUGACCUGCCCCUCAGGAUCCAGCGUCUGGGCUCCAUCCCCUGCCAACCCGGGGAGGGCGAGGAGAUGCUUCAGCUCCAGCUGCGGCACGGGAAGCCCGGCUCAGACACGCACCUCCUCCAGGCCGGCACUGGGGGGGAGAGGGGGCAGCACGACCAGCACAGACUCCCUCUGGCCUCCACCCCGAUACCCUCAGGCCCUAACCAUAACCAAGCAGGGGGGCGGCCGGAGGACAACUUGCCCGCCAAACUGCGCAGGAUGAACGCAGACCGCUAAACUUUGAACUUUGACCCUUAGUUCAUCAGUAGGUGAUCCAUCAGGACUGAAGCAAUGGAGCGAUCCACAGAUUCCCCUGAGCUCACACAUCACGAGUAAGAUGGAACUUAACUGUGACAUAUUACUUUCCUGAACUGAUUUCCAUUCUAGUCUCUCACAAUACACUCUCUGUCAGCCACCCCCGCCACCCCCCCACACACACACACACACACACACACCCUUUCUCUACCUGCAGCUAUAGUAAUUGCCUAUUUAAAUCUCAUGCCUUUAAAGAGGAAACUCAGUACAUUUGCACCUAUACAGCUUGAUACUGCUGUGCAUCUUUACUCAUUAGGACGCUAACAUGGAAGCUGCAUUCAUUAGGAGGCCAACACGGAAGGAAGAGGUGUUCCAUGCUGUUGGUAUCUCUGCACUGCUGCCAGUAGAAUCCAUGGGAGUCCAUUUGCAGUUCAUUUGCGACAUUUUGUACACUGACAUGGGACCGGUCUAAAACCAGUUUCCAGCCAAUUUUGUGGUCCCAUUCACUCUAGUGCCAUGAACAACUACAUUCCUACUUUGUAUCAACAUUUUAUCUACUAAAUGAAGGUUUUAGACCAUUAUUUAUUGUGAAGACAGGACAGCACACCUUUUAAUAAAACCUGACAUUGGACCAUGAUGAACUGGGAUGGUCUCAUAAGGGCGUCCGCCCGGAACCUCCCAAACUCUGAGUUUCCCCAAUCAAAAAAAAAAAAAAAAAAAAAAGCUGACAUUUAUCCUUUAUACAUUACAGCAGAAUCAGAAGUUUGUAUGAACAUAUUUUCAUUUAUGCUUUUAGCCAAACCGAGCUUCAGUACAGAGAAGACAUACAUUUUAAUCAGUGUAAGUGAACUCUGGUUAAGGACCUCAUGACCUUGCUGUUGUAAGCACAUUGCUCCAUCAAUGGAGCUUCAGAUGCACUUAAGGAAAAAUACAUCCCUGGUUAGUUAUGGGUCAUGUCUGUUGGUCCCGCUUGGUACAGUCGGUCACAGGUGGCACUGUGGUGCUAGUCCAAUUCAUCGCUGCUUGAAGCUAUAUUUACUAUAAUCAAUGUAUUUAUUGACCUUUGAAUAGCCAUUCAGGUACACAGACUUUAAAAUGCUAUUUCAGAGUGUAGCGGGUAAAUAGGUUACGCAUAUCUCUUGUACCUGCAAGAUCUUGUAACUGCACUGUAAGUAGGGAAACCCACUACCGUUUGCUCCAGCAGCAUUUGCUUAUAGGAUUUAACUUGAUUUAGUUUCAGUUGAUACUUUGUUACCCGGACAACAGUAAAGUGUUGUUAUGACUAUAUAGACUGGAAGUGAGGUAGAGCUUCCUCUCUAGAUUUAAGUGCACGGGACACAUUUUAAUACGAACACUUUUUUUCUGUACAGUACUGAAAAAGUCAAAUAAAUGAUUUUGAAAUUA